GUUACCGUUGUUGGCAUGUCUUCUGACGUUGCUGUAGCUGCUGCUUUACUGCGACCAGAUGAGACAGAUUGUACAGUGAGAGCUUAUCAGGGUACCGUUGUCUUUAAAAUCAGUUCGUCAGAGCCACGCGACAUAAUUAACAUCAAGGCUAAUGGGACAUAUGUAGCUAGCUGUGACUUAUUCGCCGAACUAAGACAACCAGACUAUGCCAAUUUCUUCCAUAUUUUUUUGUCUCCGAGUGGAUUAUGUGUUUUCAUCAUUUAUGAUUAUGACGGAUAUAUGUUUGGUGUAAACAUUUCAUCAGCUUCAUUCACGUUGACAAAUGUUUCAAUAGAAGGAGUACCUAUUACAAACUGUUUCCGCUCUUCGUUCGUUGCUUUGACUCUGAAAGGGAAAGAAGACUACCACCAAAAGAAGCUCGCGACUGUAUCUGAGGUCGGAGUUCCAGAGUGGGCUAUAGUCCUGCUUGUAUUGGCGUUUGGGACUAUUCUUGUUCUAGUCGCCUUGAUUUAUCGAAAAAGAGAACAAAAAGACAGUAGUACCUCCGUCGAUGAUGACCACUGUGAUAAGAUUCAACAACAACCCCUUCCAUCUUCAACCGUUCCGAAAACCCAUGCAAGUCCUCCAACCAGGAAACGCUUUUACAGAAUAUAAAACGUUGAAGGCCAAGCUUUUGCCAGAUACUACAAAUUGAAUGGACACGAACCAGCUUAUAGUGUUGUUAUUCACAGUGAACAUAUUUAAUGUGCUCUGCACACAGGUUUCUCAUAACACGAACCGAGACUGUGUGUUAUUAUGCAGAGUUAUAUGAAAAAUUCAUGGUUGUUUGUUGGUUCGUAGGUGGCAUAUACCAUGUUGUUACUUAUUGCCACUUAGUUCCAACAAGAGAACCAUGCUUGUAUUUUGAUGUUGUUAUUCUUUCUUUGUCAAUACAUUUAAGAUGAACUCAUGUAAAUGUUCACUUUCAUAACCCAAUCUGUGAGGUAUGAAUGCUUUUGUAUUUGAUUGAUAUCUGUAUGUAUUACUUAUGCUGUACGUUUUACUAAAUGUGUGUUAUAUAUUUUAAACGAAGUGUGAUUUUAACCAAAAGUGUUUCAUAAAAAAAUCUAAAUGCCUUAAAUGAAUAAUUUACUUGAAGACUAAUAAA